UUAAAAGGGUCUCGCCGGGCAAGGGUCCCGCUCUGGACAGAGACUCCCCAGGCAGACCUCCCUCGCUCACUCGCUCGCCCACGUCCCACCACCAUGGAGGCCAUCAAGAAGAAGAUGCAGAUGCUCAAGCUGGACAAGGAGAACGCCAUCGACCGGGCCGAGCAGGCCGAGGCCGACAAGAAGGCCGCCGAGGACAAGUGCAAGCAGGUGGAGGAUGAGCUGGCGGCGAUGCAGAAGAAGCUGAAAGGGACCGAGGACGAGCUGGACAAAUACUCCGAGGCCCUGAAGGAUGCGCAGGAGAAGCUCGAGCAGGCCGAGAAGAAGGCCACCGACGCUGAAGCUGAAGUGGCCGCCCUGAACCGGCGCAUCCAGCUGGUGGAGGAGGAGCUGGACCGAGCCCAGGAGCGCUUGGCCACCGCCUUGCAGAAGCUGGAGGAGGCCGAGAAGGCUGCGGACGAGAGCGAGAGGGGCAUGAAGGUGAUCGAGAACCGCGCCAUGAAGGACGAGGAGAAGAUGGAGAUCCAGGAGAUGCAGCUCAAGGAGGCCAAGCACAUCGCUGAGGAGGCCGACCGCAAGUACGAGGAGGUGGCUCGUAAACUGGUCAUCCUGGAAGGAGAACUGGAAAGGGCCGAAGAGCGGGCGGAAGUCUCCGAAUUGAAAUGCAGCGACCUGGAAGAGGAGCUCAAGAAUGUCACCAACAACCUGAAGUCCCUCGAGGCUCAGUCGGAGAAGUACUCGGAGAAGGAGGACAAGUACGAGGAGGAGAUCAAGCUGCUGACGGACAAGCUCAAGGAGGCCGAAACGCGGGCAGAGUUUGCCGAGAGGACCGUGGCCAAGCUGGAGAAGACCAUCGAUGACCUGGAAGACGAACUCUAUGCGCAGAAGCUGAAGUACAAAGCCAUCAGCGAGGAGCUGGACCACGCUCUCAAUGACAUGACCUCUCUGUGAAGAGGGCCAGAGGGUUUGCCCCUUCCCAGCAAGAAGCUCCCGCUCCCUCCGCUGCCCUAAAAAGCACAUUUUGUUGAGUUACGGAAUAAUAAAAGUCAAAAUAUGCCCACCA